UUUGCCUUAAGAAAGCGCUAGUUAUUGUUUACAAACAUUUUGAUUUUGUUGACAGUAUCAACAAAAAUUUGAUUUAAGAUUGUCUUCUUUAACUUGAGAGGAUAUCUAACUUAUAUCUAACUUAUAUCUAGGAUAUCUAAGUUUGAAAUCAUGAAAGACAUUGAAUUUGAAAAUCACCAGAAUAAAUGUAGACUGUGUUUUAGUAUUCCGCGCAACAAUAAAAGUCGGGUUAACAUCGACAAUGAUGUUAUUGAUAAAGUACGGACUUUAACAGAGAUCCAGCUUGACACUCAAGAAAAUUGCUCGAAUUUCAUCUGUCGAAAAUGCCAAAACAACAUUUUGAUGUUUUCUAAAUUUCGUGAAGAAAUGAUAGAAAAACAUCAAAAAUUUGAGGACUUCAUAAAAACUGACGAUUUAACACUAUUUGAAUACAUCAAAGUUGAACCUCUUUUUUCUAACAAUAAUGCUAUAAAAUUUGAAAACUCCGGCAUUAAUGAAGAAGCAAUAUUGAAAAUACUUGAGGAUAUUGACAAUGAAGCUGAGUCAGAAAUUUCCAGCCAAUUGUCAGUAACAAGAAGUGGAAAAAGAAAUAAUCCUCUUGAAGAUAAACAAAAUAGACUACAACCAACAACAAAAUGCUUAAAUCCUAAUGAAAACGUAUCGGAAGAGCUUUUAAAUGAAACAAGAUCAUCUAAAUCGCAUUCAAUUGUUUGUGAUAUUUGUGGAAAAAGCUUUAAAAUGAAGAAUAUAAAAAGACAUAAAAGAAUGUUCCAUAAAAACUUAAAGCCACAUCAGUGCGAUAAAUGCGGCAAUACGUUUGACAGCAAAAUAAAAGCCCGUCGCCAUGUUGUUACGCACAUACUGAAAGAAUGCAGGAUUCGUGAUUUCCAGUGCGAUAUUUGUGAAAGAAAAUUUCUUUGUAAAUAUUCUUUAGAUUCCCACAAAAUGAGACAUACAGCAUCACCAGAAUCAUGCAGUUUCUGCGGGAAAAAUUAUCCUAAUCGUAUAGCACGGAGAACUCAUGAGCUUAAUAUUCAUGUACAUGCAGCCCAUCCUUGUAAAAUAUGUGGAAAAAAAUGCACAACACAUUCACUAAAAAACCACAUCAAAUGUUGUCACAAUAAAGAAGGUCAAAAGGAAUUUAUGUGCGAGUUAUGCGGAAAAUCUUUCAGGUUUAAGAAGAUAUUAAAUUACCACUUAAAACUCCACGAGGAUAAAACUGUUUCAUGUGAUUUUCAUAACUGUAAUAAACAGUUCAGGAAUUCGCUGUACCUUAAGAUUCACCAGAAGCGACAUGAGGCGAGAAAGAAAUUUUCAUGCACAUUUCCCGACUGUAAUCGAUCUUAUUACGUUAGCAGUAAUCUCAAGAAACAUAUUUUUAUUUUCCAUAAGAAAAUUCGUGAGAAAUGUCCCGUUGGUAAUGGCUGUAAAUUUUCCGUUGGCAGAAUUGACUACAUGAGAAAUCAUUUGAAGAAACACUCAGAGCUAAACCCUAUUGAACUUAGAAACUUUAUUGAUGGAUUAAAAAGCAAAAUGAAUCUUGUUUAAAAAAAUUCUAAUAAAAAUUUUCUUAUCUAUUCAA